CGGGAGCCGCGCAGGCAAGAGCGGCCGCCUCCCCUGCCCGGGCCGCAGCGCCCCCUGGCGGCGCGGAGGGAGCGGGCGCAGCUAAUUAGCGAGGGCCGAACUUGGGAGAGGAGCCCUGGAUUAAUCACUUCCUGGUGAAAGGGGAGCGCUCCAGCCCCCCCCCCUCCCGCUGCCGAGGGGGCCGGCGAUGGCCGAGGCGGGCGCCCCACGGGGGGCUCGGCUCCUGCCCCAAGGCCUUCAUCCCGAGGAGCAGGAGGCUCAUCCCAAGGAGGAGCCAGCGGAGGAGCCGGUGCUCCCUCUGCUCCCGCAGCCCAUCCCAGGUAGGUGCAGCCAUUCCGGAUGGAUUUUGCCCCAAAACGUGAGGGGCAGCUGCGUGCAGGGUUUGGUGUCUGUCUCCGCAGAGGACGUGGCGCUGCCGUUCGGCCCCUACGGAAUGGCUGCCACCUCCCUGGGCCCGGCCCGGAGGAAGAGGGAGAAGGGUGGGAGCCAGGAGGGCGCGGGAGCCGGGAUCUACGUGGACCGCCGGAAAUCCAAGGUGUGGAAUUUCUACACCAAGCUGGGAGACGCCUACGUGGAGUGCAACGUCUGCAAGAAGCAGCUCUCCUUCCACAACAGCACCACCACCAUGCGGGAGCACCUGGUGCGGAAGCACGGGAUGCGGGAGAGCCUCCUCUCCCAGCUGAAGGACGAGCAGAAUUCCGAGCUGGAGCCGGAGGGCGCGGCCAAGCGCUGCCGGCAGCCGGAGAGCGGGAUGUGCCAGCCCAGCUCCUCCUCCUCGGAAUCCAGGAGCGAAGUCCUCCUGGAGCUGGUGCUGGAGAUGAUUUUCCGCGACCUCCACCCGCUCUCCCUGGUGAAGGACAAAGGGUUUGGGCUCCUGCUGGGAUACCUGGAGCCGGGAUGGGCGCUGCCGGCGCGGGAGCAGCUGGCCGGGAUGCUCCGGCGCAGGUACCGGCGGGUGAGGGAGCAGCUGGAGUGGUACCUGCGGACGGUGGAGACCGUGGUGGUCUGCAUGGAGCUCUGGGGGUCCCAGGGGGGCCAGACCUACCUGACCCUCACGGCCAACUUCAUCGACCGGGAGUGGCGGCGGGCGCGCUGCGCGCUGGGGACGCGGCCGGUGCCGGGACAGGGAGCGGAGCUGGAGGAGAAGCUCCAGGAUGUCCUCUCCGAGUUCGGCUUGUCCGGGAAAUCCGUCUUCUACGUGGUGCACGACGCCCCCGGGAACGUGUCCCAGGGGGAGCCCCAGGGCUGGAGCAGCCUCUGCUGCGCCGCCCGCGCCCUCCAGCUCUGCGUGGCGGCCGGGCUGGAGGUGGAGCAGGUCCAGGAGGCCUUGGGCAUCGCCCGCGGCAUCAUCCGGUACUUCCAGCAGGAUUCCAAGGCCAGCUGCUCCCUCCACAGCAAGCUGGAGGCCAUCAACAAGGCCAAGGUGAAGCUGGUGAUGGACACAGCCUCCAGCUGGCUCAGCACCGCCGAGAUGUGUGAGAACCUCCUGGACCUGAAGUGGGCCAUCAUGUCCGUGCUGGAGGAGCAGCCCAAGGUGGCCACCUCGGGCGUCCAGAACUUGGCCGACCACCAGUGGAAGCUGCUGCAGGACCUGGUGGCCAUCCUGAGGCCCAUCAGGAUCGCCACGGCCUUCCUGUGCGAGGAGCAGAACGCCUCCAUCUCCGCCCUCAUGCCCUGCAUCCACGGGGUCGUGGCAGCCAUCGGGCAGCAGGCGGAGGAGGCUGGAAGCACCAUCAGGACCGUGGUGUCCAACAUCCGCGCGGAGCUGAGGCGGCGCUGGGGGCUGGAGCAGGAGGAGGAGGCUCUGGAGAACCCGGCGGUCAUCGCUGCCUUCUUGGACCCGCGCUUCAAGGAGCUGCGGUUCCUCAGCCCCGGGACGCGCCACGAGCUGCACCAGCGCCUCAAGAUCCUGCUCAGCCAGGUCUGCGCCCCCCCGGGACCCUCCCAAGCCAAGCACGAGGCUGAGGGCAGCCAGGAGAGGGGUGCUCACCACCAGGAGAGGGGUGCUCUCUCCAGCAGAAGCUCCAGCCCCAACCCCAGCUCCCCACCCAGCAUCUACGACAUCCUGCUGGGCAAGGACCCGACGGAGAACAUGCCGGAGAUCCACCAGCAGCUGGAGAACUUCCUGGUGGAGCCGCUGUGCCGGCGCAGCUCCGACCCCUUGUGCUGGUGGAGGAGCCACGAGCGGCGCUUCCCGGCGGUGGCGCGGCUGGCCCGGCGCUUCCUGGCCCUGCCCGCCACGGCCGCAGCGCCGCGCGCCGCCUUCGCCGCGGGGCCGGGGGCCCUGGAGCAGCGCCGGGCCCUGCUGGGCUCCGAGCACCUGGACCAGAUCCUCUUCCUGCACCAGAACUGGGAUGUGUUGGAAGGCGCGAGGAGGAGCCGCCAGGCUGCGGGCGAGAACCUGCGCUAGGGCGGGAGGGAUGUUGGCGGCAGCCCUGGGUGCUUCUCCCAGCUUUUCCCGGCUCCUGUCCCAGUGGAUUGGCACGGAGCGAGUUCCAGAGGUUGGGGACACGGCCCCUCAGCCUCCUCUCCUGGUGGGAUGCCCUGGGCUCACAGCUUGUCCCUGCCCACAGAUCCCCCAGGAUAGCACCAUCUGGGGCGUGCAACGCUGAGGGGCAGUGAGCACAUCCCAGCUUCCCUCCUGAGGGAGCACGGGACACCCACGGCAUCCAUCAGCUCCAAACGGGAAUCACAUCAGGACCUUCCUCCAGGUGUGAGUUGGGGCUGUGGCCACUCUGCACACCCGAGGUCUCCACCUUCCGUAGGCACCUGCUUUCCCUUCGGAAUUUCAAGGGCUAGAUUCAGGGGUUUCCCUUUUCAAAUGCAAAUCUUGGGAAGCAGGAGGAUCACGUUCCCUCCUCCUACUCGGGAUCAAGAAGGUUCUCACAGCCCAGACCUGCAUGUUGGUCCUUGAAAGAGGAAAUGGGACCAGAGCACAGACUGGUCCGUGCUGAGCUGAAGUAUUUCUGGCCAAAAUGAAACACAUCCAUGGAAAUCCUGUGGCCUGGCAGCCAAACAAAAGCCAAAGAGUUCUCGGGACAAGGAGGAUCCAUCCCUGCACCCUGUGGAACCCCCAGGUUCUUCUGCUGAGGUUGAGGCUCACAUAGCAUGUUCUCUUAAGGAGCUUGGCCUCAAUUAUUUAAUUAACCAGCAAGAGGAGCCCAAGAACUUUGACAUUUCCUCUUCCAGAACCCGAUUCCAUGAGCAGGGAAGCACGAGCCCCUUCCCUGGGCUCAGCCCAGCGCUGCUCCGGGCUCUGUGUGCGCCUGUCAUGGCAAAACACCUUGAGUUGAAUUAAAUCAAAUC